GGUAAGUGUGUUUUGAAUUAUAUGAUUCAUACAUUAUAAUUAUUGCCAUUUGGAUAAUAUUAAAGUUAUUAUAAGUGUGUGUGUGUGUUUGCCGGUGGUGAUCAAUAAAGAUGGGAAGACAGCCGUGUUGUGACAAACUAGGGGUGAAGAAAGGGCCCUGGACCGCGGAGGAAGACAAUAAACUUAUCAACUUUAUCUUAACCAGCGGCCAAUGUUGUUGGCGGGCCGUCCCUAAGCUCGCUGGACUUCGCCGUUGUGGGAAGAGUUGUCGACUCCGUUGGACCAACUACCUUCGACCGGACUUGAAGCGUGGUCUACUCACUGAGUCUGAAGAACAACUCGUUAUUGAUCUCCAUGCUCGUCUUGGCAAUAGGUGGUCGAAAAUAGCAGCAAGGUUGCCCGGACGUACGGAUAAUGAGAUAAAAAAUCAUUGGAACACUCAUAUUAAGAAAAAACUCAUAAAAAGAGGAAUAGAUCCUGUCACUCAUGAGCCACUUCAAAAGGAACAACGAGACACAGAGACAUCAUCUUCUCCCGAAGAAAAUUCCUCACAAUCUGAAAUUAACAAUCAUUCGCCACCCGUGGAAAGCACCAGUGCCACAAGAAGCUUUGAGGAGAAUUCUAGCUCUUCCCCACAUGAAAAUUGUUCAACUUUGAGUGGUGAGCCUGAAAAGCUGUUUGAAAGCCUUUGUGAAGAUGAAAAGUUGUUAAGCUAUCUCUUAGGUGACAACGAGCCUCCGCUAGUCGAUAUAACAAGUUGGGAGUUGCCAAAUAAUGCACAAAACUUCACAUCUUGGGAUGAUUGUGCUACAUGGUUAUUGGAUUGCCAAGAUUUUGGAGUUCAUGAUUUUGGGUUGGAUUGCUUCAAUGAAGUUGAGAUGAGUAUCUUUGACACAUUGGAGACAACCAAUAAACAACAAAAGUGAGGCUAUACUAUGGUUCAAGGGCUAAAAUUGUGUUGUUUUAGGAUCUCAUUGGCUCAUCACAUUUUCUUUAAGAGUCAAUGAGUUUAUAGAACAAUACUACUUCAACCCAUGAACCAUAUUAUUGCCUUGAUUUUUUAUGUCAUGUCCCGAUGACAUGAUUCACUAAAGAGACCAAAACCAAAAACAACCCUUAUCUUGUUAUAUAAUAACACAUGUUGCUAAGUAGUGAAGCUUAGGCUAUUAGUGUUACUAUGUCAUGUAUAUGAUGGUAGAAGAGAACUCAAAUGUUAAAAGAGAUUUCUCACCAUCUAUUAGCUAAGUUAUUAAAACGUGUCAAAACUUUUAGUCAGGCCAAAAAGUUAAAAUAGGAACAAAUGUGAAAUAUCAAGAACUUAGAGGGUCUUUGUAAAUAAGAAAAGUUCUUGCAUAUGUCUUCUUUUGUUCAUAAACAAUGUUACAUUUUCUUCUUUCACAAUA